CAACAAUUUUCACUCGCGCUCUGGCUUGGAGUGAAUCUUCACCCACGGGUUUCUUCCCUUUUUUCCUAUAUUAGUCCCUGUCUCCUGGUGGAUUCUCCGGCAUAGAUCAAAUUGAAUGAAAUUUGCCUUGGUCUGAAAAUAGGAAAGUCUAUCUGGCUUUGCUCUCAGACAGCGAGAUGCCCAAGUUGAAAGGAGUCGAAGGCACAAAAUCCCACAAGAAAAUGCGAAGAAAAAGGUCCACUGCGAGUACUGUCAAAGGAAAAAGAAAACUUGGAGGCAAGGGUAAAAAGCAGUCUGGAAGGAGCGUGAGCCCUCGGAGCGAUUCAUCAGAGGACAGCGUAUUUAGCAAUCAAGCCUGCGCACCACGGACUUCGGGAAGGAUCAAAAAAAUGGCGGCAGUGUUCAAUCGAGAGGCGAGCUUUGAUGACAAUCGUUCUGAUGUUUAUGAUGACGAUGAAGAUAGGGGAUUUUUCCACAUGAACGAAUCAGAUGAAGAUACAGAAGAUGCAAGUGAAACUGAUAUGGCAAAGCUUGAAGAGGAGUUUACAGAAAUGAAAGAACAAAUGUACCAAGAAAAGUUACAGGAUUUUAAACAACAGCUACAGAAUUUGAACAGUGGUAAACACUCUGACUACACUAAGAGGCUGAAUAAACUUGAUUUAGUUAGAACAGAGAGACUUCUCAUUGCAGACAUCUGUAGGAAGUAUGAGAUUGAGCUUGUUGAGAAGGAAUAUGUCCGUGAACAGAAAGCAGCACAAGAGGAGUAUGAGCAAAAGAAAGUUGAACUCAAAGAGACACUCCUAAAUGAACUACAAGAGAAGAAAAAGGUGAUAGAGACAGAGAGGUCAUCCAUGGAGCUCACCGGAGAUUCAGUGGAAGUGAAACCUGCUGUUACACGAAAACUGAGAAGAAGACCAAAUGACCCAUUACCCGCUCCUGAAAAAAGAAGAAAGACUUCUCCCCAGAUAAACUACAUGCUUGAUGAAGAAGAUAUCAUGGAAGACUUAAAAGCCCUCAACAAGUUGGUCUCUCUUCCAGGAGAGGUGUCAUCAUCACAAGGCCAGUCGCAGAAUAAAACAGGAUCAAGCCGUCUUAAAACAUCCUCAGGAAACGGCUCACAUUCAGAAAUCUCAUACCCAGUUGAGGUCCGCUCCGAGGAUGGAAGGCUCUUAUAUGACAAAAAAUGGUUCCAUAAAGGGUGUGGUAUUGUUGUAGAAACAAGAGAGAAUGGAAGAUAUAGUGGAUCCCUUCAUUCUAUUGGCCAGUCAGAGAUAUGGAUCAAGAAAACUGAUAACACAAAAGUGCGAAUUUACAUUUCCUCACUGAUGAAAGGGAAAUUCCAUCUCAAGAAGAAAAAUUCCAGCAGCAGCAAUAAUAGCAUGAAUUCUGGUCCUUCAGUGAAUCACUCCAGUACAUAACACUCAUUCUGAGGACAUUUAGGUUCAUUUAUAGCAACAAUUACUUUUAAUAAUUGAUGCCCCAGUCCAUAACUCUUAACUGGUAAUGUUUUCUUUGUUAAUAAAGUGACACCAGAUAAACUUUCCAUGCAUAUGGAGCAGCACUAAGAAAGAUU